GUUUGAUGAGCUUAACUAACAAAAUAUGAAAAAUUCUUAACUAUGGUGAGCAUACCUGCACACAGUUCCACCAAUAACUGCGAAGAAAAUUAGAAUUGUUAAACAGUGGGAAAAAAUUCUAACUCACAACUAAACAUAGUUAAGCUGAUAUUGUUUAGUUUAGUUUAGUUACUACCAUAAGAAUAUAAUAACAACUAGAAACAAUGGCUGGAGCAGGACCAAAGACUUAUAUGGGAUGGUGGGGUAACAUGGGAUCCACCAAACAAAAAUAUGUUACAUCAUAUUCCGUUUCCCCAUAUGCUACUAAACCAUUUAAAGGUGCUUUAUAUAAUGCAUUCUUCAAUACUUUUAGAAGAACUAAGAAUCAAUUCCUUUAUGUUGCCAUUCCAGCUGUUAUUGUUUGGAAUGUCUGGACUAAUGCCAGAGAUUACAAUGAAUACUUGUAUACCAAGGAAGGUAGAGAAGAAUUAGAAAGAGUUAAUGUUUAAUCGAUCUAUUUUCAACUUGUCAUGACUUAUAGCAUAUAAAUCCAUAUAUCUCACAUAACAUUUAUUUCAUAUUCGAGGUAAUUGAUUGAUUCCUUGACUUUUAUAUAUAAACACAUAUUCGUUUAAUACAAAUUCAUAUAUUUUGAAAUAUUGAAA